ACACCUCUCCCCAGCGCGCGCCUACAGCAAUUCGCGCGCGGCAAGUGCCGACCACGGCCGCUCAGGCUCAAACCGCGGAACGGCAAACUCGGAGGCCUCGGCCGCGCGUGCAAACUUGGAAGCCCGUGCGGCCGCAAUGCCGCCGCGCGCGCCACCUUUCGCGCCGCGUCGUCCUCCCCUUCCAGACUCCGUGAAACCCCGUUCUUUUCACGCCGCCGCCACCCUCCAGCACGAGCCCGUCCCUUCCUACCGCUAUGCCGCGCUCCUCCAGCGCAGCGCGGCUGCCGCCGACCACCGCCUCGCUGCCUCCCUCCACGCAGCCCUCCACAAGUCGGGACUCCUCGCCUCCCACCUAUUCCUGUGCAACCACCUCCUCAUCGCCUACUUCAGGUCCCGCCUCCACCGCCACGGUCUCCGCCUGCUCGACGAAAUGCCCCGCCGCAACGCCGUCUCCUGGUCCGCCGCCAUCGCGGGGCUCGCGCAGGGGGACCGCCCCCGCGAUGCUCUCGCGCUGUUCCGGCGGAUGCGCAGUGCCCGGUGCCCGCCCAACGAAUUCGCACUGGUGAGUGCGCUCAAUGCGAGCUCGUUCGUCGGUGGAGCUGGCGCUGGCCGCGCGCGGCAGUUGUACGCUCUCGCCGUUCGGCUUGGGUUCGAGUCCAACGUCUUCCUGAUGAACGCGUUCCUCGCUGCGAUGGUCCGUCAUGGGCAACUCGCAGACGCGGUGCAAUUGUUCGACAGCUCUUGUGCCCGGGACAUCGUCUCCUGGAACACGCUGCUUGCAGGGUUUGCACGCCAUUGGUGUGUGCAGGUGUGGAUUCUAUGGCGAAGGAUGGCCAGGGAAGUUGUUGGGGCAGACGGUUUCUCGUUCAGCACCGUGCUGUCAGGGUUGGCGGCAAGCGUGAGCUUGGGGAGCGGCUUGCAAGUUCAUGCGCAGCUCGUCAAGAGUGGCUUUGGGGCCGAUGCCUACGUGGGUAACUCCUUGGUGGAGAUGUACAUGAAGAACAAAUGCCUAGUUGACGGCACCAGAGCGUUCACCGAGAUUCGUCGGAGAGAUGUUGUGUCAUGGACAGAGAUGGCCGCCGGCUGCCUGCACUGUGGCGAGCCCGCUAAGGCAAUCGGAGUUCUCAGUGACAUGAUGCUGGAUGGAGUUAUGCCUAACAACUUCACAUUUGCAACGGCAGCCAAUGCUUGUGCGCUCCUCACCAAUCUGGACCAGGGAAGGAAAGUUCAUGGAUGUGUGAUCAAGCUUGGAGAUGACUCAGAUGUCGGCGUCAAUAACGCACUCAUCGAUAUGUACGCGAAGUGCGGGUCAGUGAGUUGUGCUUACAGUGUAUUCCAGUCGAUGCAGCUGCGGCCGGUUAUAUCCUGGACAUCUAUGAUCAUGGGUUUUGCGCAGAAUGGGCGAGCUCGGGAGGCUGUGGAUGUGUUUGAUGACAUGCUGUUGGAAGGUGUAACACCCAACCAUGUCACGUUAAUCUGUCUACUCUACGCUUGUAGCCAAGGUGGAUUUGUAAAUGAAGGCUGGAUAUACUUCAACGCCAUGAAGGACAAGUUUGGUGUUGAGCCUAGGGAGGAUCACUACGCCUGCAUGGUUCAUCUCCUCGGAAAAGCAGGUCAUAUCGAAGAGGCUGAAGAGCUCAUCUCACAGAUGCCAUUCCGACCUGGAGUUCUGGUCUGGCAGGCAUUGCUCGGUGCCUGCCAUCUUCAUGGCAAUGAGGCUGCAGGCAAGCGAGCUGCCGAGCAUGCACUUGCGCUCGAAAAGGAAGAUCCAUCGACAUACAUGCUGCUGUCCAACAUGCUUGCCGGUCGGCAAAAUUGGGACGGUGCAGGAAGCGCGAGAAGGCUCAUGGGAGAUACAGAAAUCAUGAAGCUGCCUGGGUCAACGUGGUUUCAGUCCAAGCCUGACGGAAACAAAGCUUGUAUCAGGUAAACUUUGCUCCAGUGGAAAUGGAAGCAUCUGGUUCUGAUUUUGGCUCGAAAGCAUCAGAAUACAGAAAGAAGCAGAUGCUUCGAUCAUCUGCAGUGUCUGACAUUUUGGCUGGACUGACUUCUGCAAAACCUCACAGGUGAAGGAAAAAGCUACACUCUGAUCAAUAGCAUAACAUAGAUCAUUACAGAAACUGCAGUUUAAUCAUUUGUAUAAUUCAUCUAAUUUGAGAAACAACAAACCAUUGUAUAAAACAGAUAUAUCAUUAACUGAACUUGCUUAACUAUUAAAAUUAGUGUUGGUACAUCCUCAAUCCUUUUUUUUUAUGCGGUGGUACAUCCUCAAUACAGCCCUUCAGCUGUUGAUAUAUACUAAAUUUACCAUUCGCUAAUGAAAAUCAUAGGUAGUCAAUCAUGAUAGCGUAGGUAAUUACAAACUAGAAACAAGGUGCCCAUGGGAGGAAGAGUUCUUCAA